UAUAUAAUAUUCGCAUCCAUUCCGCUUAGCUGUUCACAUCCAAAACGAAAGAAAAAAUACAACCAAUUGCAUCCCAUCCUCAUUUCGCCUCCUCAGAUUUCUAGGGUUUCCAUUCGUUUUGCUGCAACCCCGUCUGCCGUUCUUCUUCAAUCUGGUUUGUUCAAGGUUGAUUUGACGGUAUUGGGGGAUUUUUUGAUUCAAAGAAUUUGAAAGACUGAAUGAUCUAAUGGAGUCUAAAGGAGGCAAGAAGAAGUCUAGUAGUAGUAGUAGUAGUAGUAAUUCUCAGUUCUACGAAGCUCCCCUCGGAUUCAUCAUUGAAGACGUUCGACCAAACGGAGGAAUCAAGAAAUUCAGAUCUGCUGCAUACUCCAACUGCGCUCGCAAACCAUCCAUGGCAUUGUCAGUCUCUGCAAUCGGAUUCGAGGGUUUUGAAAAGAGACUCGAUAUUUCAUUUUUUGAGCCCAGCUUAUUUGCUGAUCCUGAAGGUAAGGGCCUUCGCUUGCUUUCCAAAGAUCAAUUGGAUGAGAUUCUUAAACCUGCUGAGUGCACCAUAGUUUCAUCGCUGUCAAAUGACCAUGUCGACUCUUACGUCCUCUCUGAAUCAAGCCUCUUUGUUUACCCUUAUAAAAUUAUUAUCAAGACUUGUGGGACCACAAAGUUGCUUCAGUCCAUCGCUCCUAUCCUGAAGUUGGCUGAUACUCUUUCCCUCUCUGUGCGAUCUGUGAGGUACACCCGCGGGAGCUUCAUUUUUCCUGCUGCUCAGUCGUACCCUCAUCGCAGUUUCUCAGAAGAAGUUGCUGUCCUUGAUAGUUAUUUUGGAAAGCUUGGUAUAGCUGGCAAUGCUUACGUGAUGGGCAGCUUUGACGAACAGCAGAAAUGGCAUGUCUACUUUGCUUCUGCUGAAUCUGCGUGCAACGUCAAUCCUGUGUACACGCUGGAGAUGUGCAUGACUGGUUUGGACAGGGAGAUGUCCUCUGUCUUCUACAAAACCCAAUCGGGCUCCGCUGCUGUUAUGACCCAUUCCUCUGGAAUAAGAAAGAUCCUUCCAGAUUCUGAGAUUUGCGAUUUUGACUUCGAUCCUUGUGGUUAUUCCAUGAACGCUAUUGAAGGGGCUGCGAUUUCGACCAUUCAUGUUACACCGGAGGAGGGUUUCAGCUACGCAAGCUUUGAGUCAGUUGGGUAUGAUCCGAAAGUUGUGAAGCUGGGUCCACUGGUGGAAAGGGUGCUGCUGUGUUUCCAACCAAAUGAAUUCUCGAUUGCUGUGCAUGCGGAUGUUGAUAUCGAGUUACUUGAGAAGACAUGCUCAGUAGAUGUGAAAGGUUACAGCCUUGGAGAGAGGAGUUGUGAGGAGCUUGGAACAGGCAAUUCAAUUUUGUACCAGAAGUUUGUGAAGGCCGUCUUUGGCUGUGGAUCUCCUAGGUCGACUCUGAAAUGCUGCUGGAAAGAGGAAGAUGGAGAAGAAUCGGAGUAG